ACAUUCAUCAAGAACACCGAUCUUCAGUCUACAGUUGCUUCCCGACAAGGAAAGUGCGGUUAUUCAGCGAUCUUAGAAUCUAAUAGAAGUUCAUGACAAUUUCAUUAGUGACAUUCCUGUGAUUGGGCAGAGCCAUGUGUGCUGCCGUGAGUCACAAUACCAUGCCCGUGAAUAGCAACCUUAUGGUGUCCUCGCACAGCUCUUCAAACUCGGAUGGAAUCGGAGACAGAGUGAUGGUCCAUCUCUUGGAACGAGAACUCUGGGUCAAGUUCAAGAUCUUGACCAACGAGAUGAUCGUGACCAAAGGUGGUCGACGGAUGUUUCCGGUGAUUAAGGUGCAAGUGUCGGGCCUGGACCCACACGCAUUCUAUAACGUCCUCUUGGAAUUCAGACAGAUAGAGAAUAAUCGUUUCAAGUACAUCAAUGGCGAAUGGCUCACAGGUGGCAAAGGAGAACCGCCUCCACCCAACGCUGUUUACGCCCACCCUGACUCGCCUAAUUAUGGAAGUCAUUGGUCCAAGGAUCCCAUCAAUUUCGCCAAGGUCAAAUUGACCAACAAGGUGUCGGGGGCGGGUCAAAUCAUGUUAAACAGCCUUCAUAAGUAUGAGCCCAUUGUCCACAUUGUCAGAGUUCAAAGCGGGACCGGACCCACAUUGCCUAUGGAUUGGGCUGGACCCAACAACAGGGUCAAGUCGUUUCCGUUUCCCGAGACACAAUUCAUCGCAGUGACCGCCUAUCAGAAUGAGGAAGUCACUCAGCUGAAGAUCCAGCACAAUCCGUUUGCCAAAGCUUUUCUGGAUAACAAGGAUCGAGGGGAAAGCAACCAUAUCCAUCAUGGAACGAGUUCGUCCAUGAACCACAGUCCGCAGCUUCAAGUGCCAUCGAGAAUCCAACAAAUCCUGGCCAAUGCCGCUGCCGAAGCUCAAUUUAACGGGAAUCCCGUCCGUCAUUCGCCUUAUCAUAUUCCCAACCGUCGUCAAUCCCACCAAAACCAUCGGCCACAAUCCCAACAGGUUCAUUCGGCACAUACAGUGAAGAACGAGACGGGGAAUUCUGGCGAGAAUGCGCUCGCAUCUCCGUGGCACUCGAACGCCCAAGCUAACCACCUCUACAAUAACCUCAUGAUGGGCGUGGAGACGUGGAAUAAUUACCAAGGAAAUGCGGAAUAUUUGGCCGUUGGCCCUCAAGAACUACCCGUUCAAUUGGUUCGGUCGUCACCGAAUUCUGUGGGUGCUCAGGAGGUCUCAAAUGAUGGCUCAGACAAAGAUUCGCCCGAAUCCCGGGUUCCUCAAAUCUCUCCGCCCGUGCAUCACAACCAUCAGAACCAUCAAAGCCAUAUUCUCCCUCAUGAUUUAGGCCCGAACCACGUGUCUGGACCGAAGAUUUCGCCUUCGAACCAUGGCGAGUCUCCGCCACUUGGCGGUGGGGAUCUUGGGGCAUCUCAAGUAGCCAAUUUCAUUGGACCCGACAAUCCUCACGAUGUGUCCGUUUCUUGGUCAACUGUUGCUCAAGGCAUUCCUCAGUACAAUCCUCCGACUAGUUAUGAACACUAUGAGCAUCCUUCGUACAACAACUAUUACUCUUAUUUGGGUGGUGGCUAUCAUCAAGUUGGGGAUCAGAAUCAUGGUUUCCAACAGCAGCAACAACAACAAGCUCAUCAGCACCACCAUCAGCAUCAUCAACAUCAGCCACAACAGCAACAGCCACAACAACUCACAUCGUAUGUAAAUUACGGGGUUCCUCAUGGCGCCCUUCCUACUCCGCCCAAUGAUCUUCAUAUGGGUCAAUGUCAACAGGUCAAACAAGAGCCGGGGAUUUCUCCAGGAUCCAAUACGUCCCAAGGUAGCGGAUCGUAUUCAACUCCACCCACUCCACCCAACGGAUGUCUCAACUGAAGCGAACAUACACAUACUCCAGAACAUGUCUGGUUUGAAAAGUAUGUGAGCUCGAUACAUAUACGUCAAUCAAAUCCACCUCCUCAUCGUCAUCCAUCUCCUUAUAUGAUCAAGAACAAUUCACUUCGUUUAUCAGUAUUAUAUUCUUGUAAUGAACUCGCCAAUCAGUCUUGCGAUUCCCUUCUGCCUUCCCUUUGAUCUGUUCCUCACUUCCUAUCAAUCAUCGCACUUUCCUUGGAAUCAAAAACUUGGGAGCUGUCCCAAGUUCAAUCACUUAGAGUUGAUUUCCAUUUGAUUACAUGCGCUCCACUGAAUAAACUAGGUACAUCCCAAAAGCUUC